CGCAAAUAGCAAGCCGCGUAGCGCAGACGAGAAAGGGGUAAUUGUAAAGUCUGCUGCUAGGGUUUCCAAAUUUUCCGUGUUUACUUCAGUUGUUGUAGGCGAAAUGACUCGCAUAUACGUGGGAAACUUGGAUCCACGAGUUAGUGAGAGGGAUCUUGAGGAUGAAUUUCGUGUUUUCGGAGUUAUAGAAAGUGUGUGGGUUGCACGAAGGCCACCAGGUUAUGCUUUUAUUGACUUUGAGGACCGUAGGGAUGCAGAGGAUGCAAUCCGUGAGCUAGAUGGCAAGAACGGCUGGAGAGUUGAACUUUCUCACAACUCUAGAGGUGGGGGUGGUGGUCGUGGAGGUGGAGGUGGAGGUGGGCGAGGUCGCUCUGGAGGUUCUGAUUUGAAGUGCUAUGAGUGUGGUGAGCCUGGUCAUUUUGCUCGUGAGUGUCGUCUGCGUGUUGGGUCGGGACGGCGUCGUAGUCGCAGCCCCCCUCGAUAUCGAAGAAGCCCAAGUUAUGGUCGAAGGAGUUACAGUCCUAGUGGACGAUCCCCUAGACGCCGCAGUUUGACACCUCGUGGGCGCAGCUACAGCAAGUCACCUCCGUACCGUGGGCGUGGACGUGAGGAAGUGCCAUAUGCUAAUGGAAAUGGUCUUAGGGAUCGACGCCGAAGCAGGAGCUGAGUAUUGAAGCCUCCCUCUCUUGGCGUUGUUAAGAGGAAGAUACUGGAAAUGAAUGUUAAUUAGUGUGCUUGGACUUCAGUAUGACUGUUAAAAUGGGCGACGCCCUCAGCUUCUACUCUUGGAUUUGGAUAAGUUCCUUUCUUUCUUUAAUUUUGAGCUGGGUUUUUUUUUUUCUCUAUGCAGAAUAUGUAGUUCCAUUAUAGCAGAUCUCAACAUUAUGAGUUUAUUGAGGGCAGUUCAUUGAGAGCUUUGCUAAAAUCCUAUGCUUUUUUUUUUUGUUGGUUUUGAGGUCUCAUCUGGUCCUGCUUCAUUGUUGGUGUGCUUCUGCACUCCCCGGAUUUCGUUCUUCAUUGACCCUGGGAUCUUCAAUUUUGAAUGGUUGUGGGUCCCAGCCUGCUACUUCUGUAGAUGCUUCUAGUUGAUUGAAUCUCUCCAGUUGUGAUGCACCUCCCUCUCUUGUGGCGUUCAUUUUUUUUAACAUGAAAGGAUUGAGGAGCGGCGUCCAACGCUUCUGGCAGGUAUACAUAUCUGUUCUACAGAAGUUGAGGGGUUUUGGGGAAUCUCCUUGAUAAAGAUUUUUUUUUUUUUUUUUGGGGGGUUAUGUUUUCUAAAUUGGAUUUUCUCAAAAACUUUGGGGGUGUAUGAUGUAUCUGUUCUACAGAAGCUGAGGGGUUUUGGGGAAUCUCCUUAAUUAAGUAUUUUUUUUGGGGUUCUGUUUUCUAAAUUGGAUUUUCUCACAAACUUUGGGGGUGUAUGAUCCAUUGAAAGCCUUCGUCUUUUUUUUUUUUCUCAGCUUUUUUCUAAAGGGGUAUUGGUUUUAGGAUUUUGAUUUUGUAGCGAUGAUGAUCUUUAAUCUCUCCAGUGGUUGGGUUGUGAAUGGUGGUUAGAGUUCUAAAUAAUCUUACCCUUGAUGCUCAAAUGGAGUAAGAUUACUCUUACCUCUAUUUGGGUGCGGGAAAGGCUUUGACAUUCACGGUAGUUGAAAGAUUUGUUUAUACGACUACAUGCGCCAGCUGUAAUUUCCUUCAUGUAUUUUUUUGUCUUUAUAUCUACCGGGUCAUGGGUGGUUCUCAUGCUGUGGGUUGGCGACCUCUGGCUAAGUUUUGGUUUCACUAGAAGAUCAAUGACUCCAAUUGUAGAGAGAUGCUUUGGCUAUUGGCUUUAGAGCUGAAGCGGCUAUCUGAUUUGGUUUGGCGUUUUGUGCUUAAGCGGCUUCCCUAGUUGGUCUGGUUUUUUCUGAUGAUUAAUCUCUUCAAAAAAGCUCGGCACUCUGAAUGAUUUUUCCGGUCAACUGCAACGUAAGUAAACAAGUUCCUGGACUAAUGGGAUAAUUGCUGAACUGAACAUGCAGUUAUGUCAGUAAAAGCAGUCAGAACUCGUUUGUUGGAAGGUAUUAUUUUUUGGGUCUUCCAAGUCCGACACUGCCAGAUGAUGUUGGGUGAGAUUCACCGCCCCAAGUAGCUUUAUACUGGAUCUUUUACACGGAUUUUCAAAUCUUUUUCAUCAUGCAUCGACUAUAUAGAUAUAUAUAUAUAUAUAUAUAUAUAUCUAUCUAUAUGUUCUUUCUUUCAAGACUCGGUUCUGCGGUACUACGUCCGUAAGAUAUCUGUGUGUGUGUGCUGGUUUUUAUGCAUUUUGUAAUGUUGUAUAACUGGUCCAAAUCGAUACAACUCGAGUGUGGUUGUAAACAGUAAUUGUUGUUUUAGCAUGAGUAAUGGUAUCUUUUUUGAUA